AUGCAGUCCAUAUUUUCAGAGGCAGACACCACUCUUCACAAUGGCAAAAAUUUUUGAAUUCCUUACAACCAAGCUUGCUUGCCUAUUAUUUAUGAAGGAUAUUUAACAGAGAUAUAGGGGUUUUCCCUGUAUGGCCCGAUAAGGGCCGUGGGUUCUCAAUGGAAUCCCUCUGUUGGUCAAACCAACUCAGUGCGUUGUUUGACCAAUUCACUGGUUGGUUCAACCAGCAAAGGGAUUCCACGGAUGGCCCACUGCCCUUCGGGCUAUAUAGUGAUAACACCUAUAACUGAGAUCGGCCCUGUAAUAAAUUACUACCUAUUGAAUAAGCAUUUUUUACUUAAGCUCAAUAAAGGCUCAAUUAUUGUCGAAGGAAUGACGAUCCUGAAAUGGAAAAGGGUUACACCUUUCAAAGAUAACAGAGAAAACCCUAAAUAUGGGUUCAAGCUAGGUCAUAAUGACAACUAUAGGAUAUUCUACGUAAAUAGUGAAGAAGAGCUGAACAUAUGAAUCAAUAAACUAAGUUUUGUAGGAAUAAUUGACAACAUAGAAAAAGAUUAUUCAAUGGCCAGAGAAAUCGGAAAAGGGUCAUUUGCAAGAGUAUUUUUAGGCAUUGAAAAUACCAGCUCGCAAGAAUUCGCUAUUAAGUGCUUUAAUAAGAUGGACUUGUGAAACAGAAAAAAUGGCAUUAAGCAUUUACUGAAUGAAAUAGAUAUCAUGAGGAAGCUCGACCACCCCAAUAUACUCAAGCUAUUUAAGGUAUAUGAAGACUGUGAUAAAGUUUAUCUGGUCUUAGAGUAUGCUGAAGGUGGGGAUCUUAGAAAAAGACUAUCAGAAUGCAAAAAAUAUCCUGAAGAAGCAGCAAUCAGAUUUAUUCAAAAACUACUGAGGGUUGUUGAUUAUAUGAAAUCUCUUAAUCCUCUGGGAAGUUUUAUAUAGGCAAUUUAAUUUAUUUUUUGAUUAAUUAAUAUAGAAUAAUAAAAUGGCUCACCCAAAUUUUAUUAUUAUAUGGUAGGUUUUUAAGUCUGUUAGAGAAGAAAUGGCAAAGGUUUUUUACUUCAUAUCCUGGAGGCAACAUAUUUUACCUGUUUCUACUGUCUGAUAAAAGUAGGUACCUUAGGCCGAAAAGGAGGAGAAAAGUCGAAUAGAACGAGCCAACGCGUCAAGCCACAAGUGCUCCCGGAUUUCUAGGCUUCAAAUGGCUCCAUAUGACUAGACAGAGUGAGCUUUAUUAAACAGGCAUGCAGCCACUUAGGGUAAACAGCCAAAACCGAGAAAAAAUGAACUUUAUUGUCCUGUGCAACUUGAGGUGAUUUAAAUUAAUUAAUCUAAGUCUAAGAUUAAUUAAUAUACUAUUAUAACCUCAAUUAUUAAAAAAAAUAAUUAUUAAAGAGCUAAUAUUGUACACAAGGAUAUCAAGCCAGAAAACAUUCUUUUAACAAGCCCUAGCGACAAUAGCAAUUUCAAGCUCGCUGACUUUGGACUCGCCUGCGAAUGCGAUGGCUAUCUUGAAGGAAAAUGUGGAUCAUUAGGCUACGUAGCUCCUGAGAUCCUCUGAGGAAUGAAAUACAGCUUCAAUGUCGACGUCUUCAGCACUGGUGUCGUGUUUUUUGCCCUCAUCGCUGGCCGAAGUCCAUUUUAUGGGAAAAGUGUCAACGAAAUUUACCUUAAAAACUUGAACUGUAAUAUCCAAUUCAACGAAAAGUGUUGAAUAAAUAUUAAAAUCCCAACAAUUAACAUGAUCCAAAUACUCACAAAUAAAGACCCUUCUUUCAGGCCUCUUGCCAAGCAUGCAUUAAGAAACGCUUUAUUCGAUGACGCAGAUAAUAACUAUCAAAUCAAUUUAUCGCCUUUGUCAUAUUUAUUGACAAAACAAAGCAAUGAAAAAAGCUGGCUUGAAAACAAAGAAGACGUAAACUGUUUAAUUUAA